UUAUUUUUAAUAAAAAAAUAAAUAAAGCGCGACAAUGUCAUUAUUAGACGAUUUUUGGCGAUGAUUUGGUACAUAUACCAAAGUUGGUAUCGGUGGUUGUUAUUUGCUAUUGGUUCUAGUGCAGUUUGGUACCCUUUGAUUGCUUAUACCAGCCAGAGUCACGCCAAAAACAGCCAAAAAUCGCCUGUUGUUAGACGCGAAAUUGCACACCACGUUGCCACGCAAUUAUGUUAAGCUUAAUAGAGUUCGGGCAUCUGACAUAUUGUCAGGAUAAGUUAAUAGAAUUUUUAAUCGAACAUGGUGUUUUAAUGUCUACAAUUAAAUGUAAUGAAUGUAAUAGGGACAUUAAUAUUGAUAAAGAAACAUUAAUGUACCGAUGUAGAAGACGGUACUACGUAAAAAAUCAGCACAAGAAACGUGUGUCGAAGCAGUGCAAUUUCAAGAAAAGUGCCAAAGCUGGUACUUGGUUCGAAUGGUUCGGAAAAAAUCAUCUUGACGUGGCAACAAUAUGCAAAAUUGUUGCUUGCUUUUUAAUGUUGAAUUAUCCACGUCAAGAUGACACACAAGAUGAAACUGGCGUUUCGUCGGCCACGAUUGUUGACUGGUUCAAUUUUUGUCGAGAGGUCUGUGUGUUCUGGGCUGAAAAACAUAGUGAUAAACUUGGUGGCCCAGGACGCACAGUAGAAAUCAAUGAAGCAAAAAUUGACAAAAGUUACAAUCGUGGUCGGCUCAUAAGAGAUCACUGGAUUUUCGGAGGAUAUGAGCGAGACACAAAGAAGAUUUUCAUCGUGCCAGUACAGGAUCGAACUGAACAGACACUUCUGGCGUGUAUCAAGGAGUGGACAUUGCCAGGCACUACCAUCGUGUCAGAUUGUUGGAAGUCCUAUAAUUGUUUAAACAAUGAAGGCUUCCAACAUCUGACAGUAAACCACUCAUACAACUUCGUCGAUCCUGAAACUGGCACGCAUACGCAGCAUAUAGAGCGCGUUUGGAUAGAGGUUCGCGAAAAUAUCCCAAGGUACGGAACCACGGAGGAUCACGUCCUCCUUGAACAUUUGUGCGAAUAUCUCUUCAAACGCGCCUAUAGCCGCUUGGAGCGUAUAGAAAACUUCUUUGAUGUCAUCGCAGAAUUAUAUCCUCCGAUUACAUCCACUUUUGAGGACCAGCCAGAAACAUCCGACGAACCAAGUACCAGCACUGCUUAGAGAUACGUUUCUUGUGCUUAUUUUUUAUGUAGUACUGUUUUUCUACAUCAGUACAUUAAUGUUUCUGUAUCAAUAUUAAUGUCACUACUAUACAUUCACACAUUUAAUUGUAGAUGUUAUAAAACACCAUACUGGAUUAAUAAAUCUAUUAACUUUUCCUGACAGUA